AAACGAAUCAACAAUAGGUAUGAACAUUCUUUCCAUACUGAUAGUGAUAUGUUUUGCUGGCUUCACAUCUCAGUUUAAUAUACCAACAAUACCACUUCCAGUCACCAAUCCAUGCCCUAAAAUAAAUACGAAUGGAACAUUGGCGUUUCGAAAUAACUGCCGCACUAGCAUGGCUUCUGUCAUAGCUCCACUACAAGCGAACCCGUCGCUCAAUGUAAUAUUUGUUGACAUUUGCGCAAAUGGAGAAAACCUUUGCUUUCGAGAUGUUGACAACUCAACUACUGAUUGCCAAUUUAACUCAACAAACGGCUGGAUUGAAUGCAUGUGCCCUGCCAAUAAUGAUCGCUUCGAAGAGUUAAGACCCUUGAGCAACACAUAUGUGUCUGGACAGUUCUGUAAAGAUAUUAAUGAAUGCACCAGGAACACAGACAAAUGUGAUCCUGUGGGCUCUUCAUGUAACAACACAGUCGGAGGCCAUAAUUGCUCUUGCAUCUUUGGGUAUACUGGUGAUGGUCAAACUUGCAACUUAUACUACGAUGAAUGUACUAUACCUGUGGAACCUGUUUGUAGCGGAAACGCAACUUGUCAAAAUCUAGACCGAAUGGUGCCAGGCUGUUUUAAUACAUCUACUCUUACAACAACUACACUAAUGAAUGCAACAGCAGACAAAUGCAUAAAGUUAUGCCAAGGGAAAAAUGCCACAUAUGCGGCAAUUGCUAAUGCAAAUUGUUCAUGUUCCAAUACAUUACCACCGGUUAACACAAUAAUGACCUGCUCUAUCACAUGCAUGGAUGGUUCAAAUUGUGGAUCUUCAAACGGUCUUGCCAGUAAUGUUUAUAUAACAGGUUCUGGGCAUUCGUGCACCUGUAAUUCUGGUUACACUGGUGAUGGAUUCACAUGUACUGACAUAGACGAAUGUACUGGUAACCCAUGUAAUGCAGUUUCUGAAAAUUGCACCAACACACCAGGCUCAUAUAAAUGCGACUGCAAACCUGGAUAUGUGAGAGCAAAUGAAACAUCCUGUGUUUUGCCAAUUGUGCACGAUUGUGAUAACUCCGAAACCAACAGAAUGCAAAACAGAAAAGAAUAUUGGGCUGGAAAUAACUGCAGUCGUGUUGUAUUGACACCUUGUGACUACAAUGGUUCUAAUCCUUAUGCUGAUGGUGAAAGAUUCACAUUAAGCAGCCUUGGAAGUGGUGCCUGUAUGGGGUUCAGACUUCAUUCUGCUUUUGAUGCGAAUAUUUUAACAAUGCAAUCAACAUACGCCAAUCUUGCUUCCAUAAAUGCAGUUGUAAAGCCUGUUAUUUCAUGCGGGACAUCAAAAAUGAGAUUAAGUCUUGACAGAUAUGCGGUCAAUGCAAUGGGUUUUGAUCUGUCUACAUUAUACCUUGGUGGGCUUGGGGGUAUAAGUUCUUCUAAUCCACACAAAUCAAAUGCAGCUUGUCAUGGCACAAGAGGGUAUGGCAUUGGGGCAGAAUAUAGAUUCGAACUUGGUUACGGAGCUGACUGUGGAAAUCAUAGAACUACGUCUGUUGCUGGAAAACUCAUUUUCUCCAACUCCGUUCAUGGGUUGAUUGGUUCAGUUAGUGGCAGCAUUGAUCGAACCAGAACAUUCAGAGUGGAUUUUACUUGCACAUAUAAUACACAGACCAAAGAAACUACUGGAAGUGUGAUCUUCAUUUACAAUUUCGGCAGAAAAAAGAGAGAUAUUUUGUCUCCACUUAUAAACGAUCCUCAAAUAAGCAAAUUGGAAGCCGACAUGACACUAUGGGGUGAUAGCCAAUACACGGCUACAUACAGCAGUGCACAAGUUCUAUCUGUCCCUUCAACAAUUUAUACAGAAGUUGCUCUCAAACCAUCCCUACCAGCAAAAUACUCAAUGCAAAUGGUCAGAUGUUGGGCAACACCUUCAAAUAACGCCUACGAGCCGAAAUAUUAUAACUUACUGGAUAAUGGUUGUUCCCUAACAUCCCAAAGCAAUUCUCAGUCUGGGAUUAAAGUUAUCCUUAAUGGUGAAUCAGAUAAAGCUCGUAUUGGUUUUUCCACUGUCUCAUUCAAAGGAGGGGACUCUGAGAUGAUUUUUAUUCGUUGUUUGGUCAAUCUUUGUGAUAGGACAAAGAACAGCAAUUGUGCAAAGAGUUGUUUAGACAAAGCAAAUCCCACAGAUGGCUCAGUGUUGCAUGGCGAUGUUUAUAUGAAAGUGCUGACCGCUGGUCCGAUAGUCGUUCGUGACAUUUGUGGGGGAACAAGCAAAGGGGGUUGUGACCAUUACUGCUCAGUGUCAAUUGACAAGAAACCGGUGUGCACUUGUCACGAAGGGUUCGAACUUGGAGCAGAUAAGAAGAGUUGUAGCUUGAAAUCCAAGUCGAGUGGGCAGAGCUACACAGUACCUUGGUAUUACUACGUCCCUGCUAUUAUUGGUGGAUUGUUCAUUAUUGCUGUCAUCGUGAUCUACAUCCGCGGGAAAACAGAGAAAGGAACUUAUAAGCUUAGAGAGGAUCCGGAAGAAGAAGAUGGUAAUGAAAGAUUCCUCACGUAGAUUGCUGUGGUUUGGAUUUCAAAAGAGCACUUAUAAUUGACUUGUAAAUAUUUUAAAGCUAAGAGCACUUACAUUGACUGUUUGAAUUGAAAACUCAAAAUUUAAGUUAUUUUGGUUUUUAAAAUUUAAGUUUUAUGGUUUCACGUAAUGUGUAAAAAUUUUGAUUUUGUUUUAGUGUACAAUACCUGUCUCAGCAGUCUUUUUUGUUCAAGCUAUACUCAGAUAAUGUGCAUUAUUUGGCUUAUUAAACAAUGAAACUUGAGUGGGCGU